AUGGUCUUCAUCCCGCUGGGGCACUCCCUGAGGAAGAAGUCCAGCUGGCCAAUGUAUGCGAAGGCCUCCCCCGACCCGACGAGAAGGAACUGCGGUAUCAGCCAGAACACGCUCAUGGGCACCGGUCCGUGGGGGUCGACCACGGUGGUGGCCACCCGCUGACGCUUGAUCUCGGUUAGCGCAGCUGCGACCAUGGCCAUGGCGGAGAGGACCAGCCCCACGCCGAUGCGCUGGAGCGGCGUCAGGCCCUGCGAGUUGCCGGUGAAGUGGCGGAAGACGGGGACGACCAGGCGGUCGUAGAAGGGCACUGUGAGGAGGAUGGAGAGGACGAAGAAGACCGUCAGUGAGCCCGGUGGGAUCUCGAAGGAGCCCGCAACCCUGCGGUCCAUGGUGGUGGCUUGGGACACGGAGAAGGUGGUCAUCUGGGCGUAG